CACUCCCCGCCAUCUGUGUCAUCUGUCCCACCCGCUCCUUCCUUGACCCGCAUCUGACAGGGCAGCCGGCCCUCGGCGGCCAAAAGGGUUGACUGAGCUGGCGUCGCGAGGGGGACGUCAACGUGGGCCGAUUGGCUGCCGGGUUUCGCCCACAAAGCGUCGCAGCUGAUUCCCCGACCAGGGACCGCGGAGAGAGAGAGAGGCAGAGAGAGAGAGACAGAGAGAGACAGAGAGAGGAGCAGUCGGUGGUGAGGUGCCCUCAACGAGCCUCAGCAAUGUGGCCGUUACUGGUCUUGUUCUUUGUGCUGCCUUUGGAGAUCACCCCAAGCUUGACAUGCAACACAACAGUGACGGUGGACGCGAAAAACAUGGUUAAGUGCCCUCUGGAGUGUCUGAACUUUUACGAGACUUUCAUGAAAAAAAGAACUUAUCUCUCGGCGUCAAACUGUAACAUUUCCAAAGUGGUUGCCCUUAGCACCUUCUCGUCCCUGUUGCGUCUGGAUCUCUCCAAUAACAAAAUCAAAGAACUCCCUCAGGACUUUCUCACGCAUUUCCCAGCGCUCCAGGACCUCAACUUAGUUGGGAACCCAUUGGAGAGUCUUCCCACCAUGAGAUGCAACAUGACCGAAAUCAAAUAUAACUGCUCUUGUGCGCUGGUGAAGGACAUGCUGAAGCACUGCCUGAAGACAAUCGGCCACGAAUUAUCUUUCUGUUAUAACGGCAGUAAUCAGACACUCAUCAAAGAUUACUCCAAGGCCUCGUGUGGUACUUCUCUGCUGCCGGUCUUCAUUGGAGUCCCCCUGGCUCUCAUCGCCCUCCUGUUGGGGGUGGGGACAUAUUUCUUGGUCAGGUUCUACCGUUCCAAACAGGGUUCCGUGCAGACCUCGCCCCCUGGGAAUAAGCGUCAGUCUGUCUCCUCCGCCGACCCCGGGCAGCAGCGCUACGUGAGCACGGAGAACUGGAAGGACGGGGCAUCGGGGUCAGGGUCAGGGGAAGCGUUCCCCGCUGCUUCCCCCGGGGACUACGAGAACGUGCUGAUCGGGGAGAUGGGCCCAGUGAGCGGGAAGGAGUUCAGGAGGCAGGUGACUCCCGACGACACCUAUUACCUGGAGAGCGAUGUUCCGGGCUCGGACAUUUACCUGAACGAACAGCCGAUUUACCUGAACUACAGCGGACCCUCAGAGACCCCAGAGGAUGACGUUUACAUCAUCCCCGACAAGUAAAAGCAGCGAAUGCAUGGGUUGGAGGAUCGCGGCGACCUUAAAGGGAAGACCCUCACCGAUACCAUCACCAACCUACUCCGGGCAACGGACUGUGACGGAGGUGACACCGUUGCUCGUGUCCACGAGAAAAAGAGUUCCAGAAUUUCAAAUGUCAAUUAAUAAUGACAAUAAUAAUCCCUGCAUUUGACACAGCGCCUCAAAACGUCUUCGAGACAUCUCCAAGAGCUUCACGGAAUACACUGUAAAGUGUAGUGACUGUGUACUUUGUUGGUAAGAUUGUGUUAGCGUCAGCAACUUGACUCAGAUUGUCAGAAGCCAUGAAAUUAAUUCUCUUCAGAAUUCUUAAAUGCCGCCUUCAUUCGGAACACCUUUUCUUUGCAAGAACUGCAGCAACUUCAACAACACGGCGCUCCUUUCACCCCCACCCACCUGAGCUCUCCCCACCCCUCAGUCGGCCGAGACUGUGAGCUCAAAGUUCCCAAUUUAUUUUAGGUCUCAAAGCCACAUCCUUUGAGGGCUUAAGCUGACACCUUAACCACUAGAGGAUGGUUUAUGUGUGCAACUGGUUGGCCAGGCAGGUGGUUAGGUUAGGGUGAUGGGGGGAGAGGUUAACAGAGCUUUCAAGAGGGAACUAGGCCAAGGUCUCUUGUGAAGAGAAUUGAGGGACAUUAAUAAAUAAUAAUAAUACUUAUCCUUGCAUUUGGUACAGUGCCUUUCACAUCGAGAGGACAUCUCAAAGCGCUUCACAGCAUUAAGUAUAAAGUGUAGUGACCGUGUGUUUUUGUAGGUGAACGUAUAUGUAAGAUACAGCGAGAAAAACAACAACAACUGGCAUUCAUUUAGCGCCCCUCGUGCAGGCUCGCGCCUCAGAGCGUGCCUCAGACACUUUCUGUGAAAUAAUAAUAAUAAUGAUAUUGUAUAAGAAUAAUGCUUGCAUUUGAUUCAGUGCCGUUGCCAUGUCGUUGAGACGUCUCAACGCGCUUCACAGAAUAUAUUGUAAAGUAAAGUGUAGUGACUGUGUAUUUUGUGGGCGUGAAGUGCUUCGGAUUUGUGUUUUUUUCCCCUGUAUUCUUUUUCAACAAAAAGUUACGCUUUGUAUUAAAGUCAAAUUUCGGUUACAGUUACUUCGUUGUAAAAGGGUUUUGCAAAUAGCA